AUGGGUCUCUUAGUAUCAAGAUUAUUUAAAAAUCGAGAAUUAAGAAUAUUAAUGCUUGGAUUAGAUAAUGCUGGUAAAUCAACUAUAUUAUAUAAAUUAAAAUUAGGUAAAACUACCACUACAGUUCCAACCGUUGGGUUUAAUGUAGAAAAAGUUAAACAUAAGAAUAUCUCCUUUGCAGUAUGGGAUUGUGGUGGUCAAGAAAGAAUUAGACCUUUAUGGAGACAUUAUUUCACUGGUACAAAUGCUUUAAUUUAUGUGGUUGAUUCAUCUGAUAUAAAUAGAUUAGAAGAAUCUAAAAAGGAAUUAUUAAGAGUUAUAAAUGAUAAAGAAUUAGUUAAUUGUUUAUUAAUUGUUUUGGCUAAUAAACAAGAUGUUCCAGGUGCUAUAAAACCAAAAGAAUUAAUUGAUAGAUUUUCAUUAAAUGAUUUAACUGGUGAACAUACUUGGUCAGUUAUUCCAACCAUUGCCAUUGAUGGUACUGGUUUAGUUGAAACUUUGAAUUGGAUAUCAAGUCAUAGUAAGUGA